AUGGUUCCAAACAUCGCUCAUAACUUCUUGCUCGGAUAUUCUUGGAUUCUUCUCCUUCUCCCAGCGAUUAUACUCGUUGUGCACCUAGUGUCUUACUUCGUUGACUCAAAACAUAUUCGGAGAAACGACAUUCCUGGACCUACUCUAGCCAAGGUCUCUGGUUCCUGGCUCGGACGGGUCGCGCUAGAAGGACGUCAGUCCGAAGUGGUGCACGAAUUGCAUAAGAAGUUUGGUACAUUCGUCCGAUUAUCGCCCAACCAUGUAUCCAUCAGCGACCCUGAGGCACUUCAGGUUGUCUACGGCCACGGGAAUGGGAUGCUGAAAUCCGAAUACUACGAUGCUUUUGCCGCGCCAAAUCUUCGCCGGAGCGUUUUUGAUACUCGGUCAAGGGAAGAGCAUGCGCGAAAGCGUAAAGCUAUCUCACAUAUCUUCUCUCAGAAGAGCGUCCUUGAAUUCGAGCCAUACAUCCACACCCAUCUGACUGACUUCUUUAAACAAUGGGACAAAUUAUGCGAUGGAGGUCGGAAAGGCUUUUCGGGUAUUGAAGGCGAAGGAGGCUGGAAGGGACAUGACGGACGCGUUUGGUUCAAUGCCAUGCCUUGGUAUAACUAUCUAUCCUUUGACAUCAUCUCCGAUCUUGCCUUUGGCACACCGUUUGGCAUGAUACGCAAAGCAAGAGAUGCGGUUCCAGUCGCGAUAGACCAUAAGGCCGCCAUGGCUCAAUAUGGCCAAAUUGAUACAGAAUAUCGAGACGUGAAGAAAUUAGUCAUUGAUACGAGGGAAGUACCGGCUAUACAGGUUGUGAAUGAGCAGGGCGAAGGCGUAGCCCAGAUAGCUGCUUUUCCGCCGUUGUGGGUGCCCUUUCUACGGUGUCUACCUCGGUUCGCAAAAGGUAUGCGGCGUGUAGAAGAUUUCAUCGGCCUUGUGGUUUUAGCGGUGGCAAACCGAUUGGCAUUUCCGACGGAACGAGUCGAUAUUCUGAGUAAGCUUCAACAAGGCAAGGGCGAGGAUGGGGUACCACUGACCAAAGAGGAACUUACCUCGGAAGCGUUGGUGCAGCUGAUCGCAGGAUCAGAUACUACGUCAAACACUACCUGUGCAAUCACAUACUACGUUGCAGCGAACCCACAUGUGCAAACCAAACUUCAAAAGGAACUUGAUAAUGCUCUAGGACACUCAGAAAACCAUGUCGCGACGUACUCACAGAUCAAGCAGCUGUCAUACCUCGAUGCGGUAGUGAAUGAAGGGCUGCGUGUACACUCGACCGUAGGCAUCGGUCUUCCCCGCGAAGUUCCGGAAGGUGGGAUCACCGUCUUGGGAAAGUCGUUUCCAGAAGGUACAGUCCUAAGCGUUCCGAUAUACACAAUCCAUAGAGAUCCCAAAGUAUGGGGUAAGGAUGUGGACUCGUUCCGACCUGAAAGGUGGAUUGAAGGUGACAAGGCGGCGAUGCAGAAAGUGUUUAGUCCAUUCUCGGUUGGACCUAGGGCAUGUACUGGACGCAAUCUAGCAUUGAUGUCGCUGCAUAUAUUCAUCGCAUCAAUCUUUCGUCGGUACGAUAUUGUGCUUGAACAACCUGAUAAACCGCUCGAAGUACACGAUGCAUUCGCACGAAAGCCGAAUAGUUGUCGCAUUGGUUUGAAGCGGCGCGACGUCUGA